CGACAGAGCUCUUGAUGUGACGGGCAUGGGUGACAUAGUGCUAAUGACCCUAGUCGGUUUCUGGACUUUGAAGGAUGUCAAAGUUGUUCCAGCCUUGAAGAAAAGUUUGAUUUCUGUCAGGCAGUUGGACGAACAGGGACACGAGGUGAAGUUCAGAGAUGGGCAGUGGAAGGUCGUGAAGGGAAAUCUUGUCAUGGCCCGUGGAAGGAAGAGAGGUUCGUUGUAUAUGGUCGAGUUACCAUCUGAGGGAGUGACCGUCCCAGUUCAGAAGAAAAACGAAGUCCAGUUCACAGAGUCUCGUGGGCAGAAUAAGGUUGUCUGUGCAAGAGAGAAACCUAGAGCCACUGGUCAGACUCAGGAUGAACGAGCGUGGAAAGGUUCAAGGGGGCCAGUCAGAGGUAUUUGUGGCAGUGGGAGCUCAAGAGGCGCUUCAGCCAAGUUGCCUAGAAGACAAUGGGUCAGGAGAACCAGUAUUCCAGCUGUUGGAGCAUCUCCAGAAAAUUUCUUGCUGAGUAUGGAGAUUGUUUGUUCUCAGGAUGUUCUAGGAUCUGGCAGUGUGCGUCUGCAGUGGGAGCCGGUAGGGACCGAGGACGAGUCAGGGGCAGAUUUUGCCGUGACUGAUGUGUUGGAGCUUGGGAGAGCUUCAACGGGCCUUUCAGUUGUCUGAUGAUAGAGCCGCUGCAACAGGAGAGCUGAGGAAGAUUACUCGAUGUACAGGGAAUCGUGGUGGAUGGCAGUUGAUGAUUAUCAAGCCUCCAAGUGGGAGAAUGUUGGCUCUCAACUUCUGCAAAUCCAAAGUUUUCAACACUUCCUUCGCCACUUCUACCCCUUUCCAAGGGUAAAAUGUAAAUUAUUAUUACCCACUCAAACAUGUACACCAAUGUUAUAUGCUUAACCAUCAACAUGGUUAUCACAUAAAGACAAUAUUACAAUAUUACAACACUAACUAAUCAACAUACAAACAACGGGAAGCUACAAACAUCUAUUACAGGGGUUACAACCAUGCUUAAACAAUUCCCUUCGAUGAGCAUCUCUUCUACAACACAGGGUUAGAAAGACAGGCAAUAGCAACACAUCGAAGCAUUCUUGUUCAUCAUCAGGUCCAGGCCAUUUCAUUUCCCUUCAAAGAGGCAACCUCUUCUACCACACAGGGAAGCCAGCAACCAGGCAAAAGCAGCAACAAACCAAAGCUUAAAGUUUCCAUUAACACGUCACAGAAGUCAAGUCAUCAUUCAGUUGUUUGAGUAACCAGUUUGGGGGUUAAGCAAAUAACAGCGGUGUACAGGUUAAUCAACAAAGGAAGCCAGGCAGUGUUGGCUCUCUUAGGCAGUGUGCUCAAUUGGUGUUCUCCACAAUGCAAGUCAAAUAUAUCAAGGCUGAGAUGUCUCAUAUUUCCAUCAGUGUCAUCAGAAUCCAGGUCCAAGAGUCUCAAUCAGAGGAAAAUCAGCUUCAAGUCAUUAAGUCCUCAAGACAGUUAGCAAAGCUGAAUGUAUAUUACCAAGGUUCCAUCUUAAAUCCAUAACAGCAACAGGAAGUACAUCAAAUGUUCAACAGUGAUAUGUGCAAUUCCAAAGGCAUUAAAAUCUCCCAGAUCCAUUAUGUCAUCAAACCAUCAAACAUCAGUAACCAGCUCAAGCAGAGCAGUGGAACCAGGCCAAAUUACCCUGACCCAGACAAAGGAAGCUGGGUGAGUUU